AUGAGCGCCGUAGGGGGGGGCUACUGGGACCACCCGUCCGCCUUGGUGUGCCUUGGCGUUGCCGUCCACUUGGUGCUGGCGUAUAGCGUGAUUGACAUACACUUCCAGACGCCCGUCGUCCCCGGCAUAGCUCCGCUGCCAGUCAACAUAUCCGCGCCGGCCAAACGCGUGGUGUUGAUCGUGGCCGACGGCCUCAGAGCAGACAAGCUGUUCUCGUCCGAUGCCAGCGGGGCUCCGCUUGCCCCUUUCCUGCGGUCCAGGGGUCUUGAGCACGGCGCAUUUGGGGUUGCACACACAAGGCCGCCCACGGAGUCGCGCCCUGGCCACGUCGCCAUAGCUGCGGGCUUCUACGAAGAUCCCAGUGCACUGCUGUCCGGCUGGAAGGUGAAUCCCGUGAAGUUUGACUCCAUUUUCAACCACACCCUUGGCUCCUGGGGCUUGGGUGCCCCUGACGUCGUGCCCAUUUUCGAAGGCCACGGCCCCUACGCCUAUGAUGCUUACCCUCCAGACUUCGAGGAUUUCUCAGCGGACGAUCUGACGACUCUGGACGCCUGGGUCUUCGACAGGGCCUUUGGGCUCAUUCAAAACGCGACUGCGACGAACGAGAGUCACCCCCUUAAGGAUGGCCCAUCUGUCCUGUUCCUUCACCUCCUGGGCCUGGACUCCAAUGGCCACGCGCACGGAGGCCCUUCCUCCCCGGAAUACUUGCACAAUAUAAAGUUCGUGGACCAGGGCAUACGAAAUCUGGCUGGCUGGGUGGAAGCCGCUUUCCCAGAUGGGUGUACAUCAUUUGUGUUCACUGCCGACCAUGGCAUGACAGCACAGGCCAGCCAUGGCGACGGCUCCCCAGAAAAUACAGAAACACCCCUGGUGCUCUGGGGCCCAGGCAUUAGAGGCAGGCUUGCCAGUCAAAAUGUUUCAGAGUGGGGAUAUAACUCAAAAAGCAGGGUGGACAUUGAACAAGCUCAGAUUGCACCGCUGAUGGCCGCUUUGCUUGGUGUGUCCACUCCUGUGAAUGCUCUGUUCCACGUCCCAGUGGAGCUGCUUGGAGUUGGGGAUUUGUUCAGAUCCCAGGCUGCCUGGGCCAGUGCUCGCCAGGUGGUUGCUGCAUACGAGAGGAAGGCUGAGCAAGUGGAAGAGACUGUGGUUGGGUGGAAGUUCCGACCUUAUGGCCCAUUGCAGAAUGGCAAGGAUGUUUUGAUGUCCAGGAUAGAGAAAGCUCUGCAUUGUCAGCGGUACCCAGAAGCAGAAAGGCUCAGCACAGAGCUGGCAGACUUGGCUGAGGAUGGGUUGCUCUACCUGCAGCGAUACGAUGGCCCUGUGCUCAAGGUUGCAGUCUCUCUUUCAUUUCUUGGCUGGAUGGCUUUCCUGGCCUUGCAACUGCUGGUCUGUGUCGGAAAUCAGCACCACGCAUCGAUCAUCAACACCUGGCGGGUUGUUGGCUCUGUUCUCAUUCUUCUGUCAUGGCUUCGCUUGGCUUUAGCGGGCGCUCAGUUCACAUACUAUCUCUAUGCAGUGUUGCCAUUGGCAUGCUGGGCUGAGGUGUUGCACAUCAUUCAGCAGUCGACAAAGGUGUUGAAGUCCAGAGCAUUGGAUGCCCCUGUGGCAACUGUAGGUGUUGGUGUCCCAGCAGUCUUGCUGUUCCUGUUUGGAAUUUCCUCUGGGUUCAAUAACAGGCGGAUUUUUCUGUUUCUCAUGUGCGUGGCAGGGGUCCAGGCCAUGCUGCUACGACCCAGGUCUGGCAUGCAGGGCUUUCUUUGCUUCUCCUCCUUUGCUGUUUGUGGAGCCUUCACCUGGCUGCCGCUGACGAAGUCGAGCAAUCCUGUGAUGUCAUCUGGUGGGGGACUGAUGGGUAUUGUGGCAGUUUUGAGCACAAGGCCUUGGCGACAGGACAUGGGAAACUGGAGGCUGGCCAUCCUUCUGGCACAAAUUCUAACAGUACUGGCCGCCAGCUGUCUGGUGUGGAUUUCACACCUAACACCCAGCCAGCUCAGGAGCCGCAGCGGGGCUCUAAUGGGAUGGACACCCAUGCAGGCCCUCUCUUGGUUGAUAUUCACAGGCUCGCCACUGAUUCCCCUGCUUUCUGGUUGCGCGUUCCAGGAGCGUAUCCAAAGCGUAUUUCUGGGUUUUCUGUCAUCAAUUACUGUUGUCAGCAUAUCCUGGGAGCCGCUCUUUUUCUGUUCUUUGUGGUGGGUGCUGUGGAGUUGGCAGGAAAUGGGAUCUGCAGACGUUAUGCAUAUACGUGCCCCAAGUGUCAAAAGUGGCGGAAGGUCGCAUUUCACAGGAAGUGGUCCUGGGCCGGGUUAUUCUCACAAGGGUGAAUGCCAGGAAGGGUGUGGUCGUUACAACCAGGUCGGUGGAGAUUCCGCUGCUUAUGCUUCUCAUCAACAACAGCUUCCCCAUGGUGUGGGUCUUGCAGACGUCGUGGAUGCGCUGACCUUCCUGCUGCUGAUCAACGUAGCUUUCUUUGGCCAGGGAAAUGCGGCCAGUGUUGCCAGCUUUGACAUUGCAUCUGUAUACCGCCUUACCACAGUGUUCAAUCCCUUCAUCAUGGGAGGUGUCCUUGUUGCCAAGAUUUUAAUCCCCCUGGUAUUAGUCACUUGCGCUUUUACUGCGAAGGUACAGCGGGCGGGCAUGUGGCAGUUCAGGAUGUACCUGCUGGUGGUGCUUCUGUCGAAUGUCAUAGCAUUGAGGUUCUUCUUCUUGGUGCGCAACACCGGGAGUUGGGCAGAAAUUGGCACCAGUCUUGGGUUCUAUGGGAUUAUGAAUGCGCAGGUUGUGAUAGUGCUGGUUCUCAUUGGAGUGUCCCAAAUCUACAUGGGUGGGAUCAGCAGCCAAUCAAAGGGCAAGAACGACUAG